CCAUCCAUCCACCGGAGGACACUACAACGCCAAAGCACUGCACUGCACAAGCAGCUUCCUCGCCUUCGCAUCUACUACUCCCCCCAAAAUGGCGCAUCCGGUGGCUGAGGCCGACGAGAAGAGCCCCUUCGGCCGCCUCACCGCGGAGGAGUUCUACGCGCGCCACGGCGUGCUGCACACCUCCUCCACCUUCGUCAACCCGCGCGGCCUCCGCAUCUUCACCCAGCGCUGGGUCCCCGCGGGGGGCGACGCGCCCCUCCUCGGCGCCAUCGCCGUCGUCCACGGCUUCACGGGGGAGUCCAGCUGGACGGUGCAGCUCACCGCCGUCCACUUCGCCAAGGCCGGGUUCGCCGUCGCCGCCGUCGACCACCAGGGCCACGGCUUCUCCGAGGGCCUACAGGGGCACAUCCCCGACAUCGUCCCCGUGCUCGAGGACUGCGAGGCCGCGUUCGCCCCGUUCCGCGCCGACUACCCGCCGCCGCUUCCGUGCUUCCUCUACGGGGAGUCCCUCGGCGGCGCCAUCGCGCUGCUGCUCCACCUCCGGGACAAGGAGCGGUGGCGCGACGGGGCGGUGCUCAACGGCGCCAUGUGCGGGGUCAGCCCCAGGUUCAUGCCCCCCUGGCCGCUCGAGCACCUGCUGUGGGCGGCGGCGGCCGUGGCGCCCACGUGGCGGCUCGCCUUCACCCGGGGGAACAUCCCCGACCGCUCCUUCAAGGUGCCGUGGAAGCGCGCCCUGGCGGUGGCGAGCCCGCGCCGCACCACGGCGCCGCCCCGCGCCGCCACGGCGCUGGAGCUCCUCCGCGUGUGCCGCGAGCUCCAGUCCCGGUUCGAGGAGGUGGAGCUCCCGCUCCUGGUCGUCCACGGCGGCGAGGACACCGUGUGCGACCCCGGGUGCGCGGAGGAGCUCCACCGCCGCGCCGGGAGCAAGGACAAGACGCUGCGGGUGUACCCGGGGAUGUGGCACCAGCUGGUCGGCGAGCCCGAGGAGAACGUCGACAAGGUGUUCGGCGACGUCCUCGACUGGCUCAAGUCCCACGCCGCCGCCGCUGCCGCCGCGCGUGGCGAGGGGCAGCAGUAGUUCGGUCGGUCACGCGUGCCGCGUGCUUGGGUAAUUCAUGGCGGAUUCAAAGCAAAAGUACGGGGGCGCAAUAAAAGGUUGUGGAGUUGAUUGGUGAGACGAGAUCGAUCUGGUCCCGGUGUAUCUCCGUCUCUGCGUGUGGCCAUGUUCCAUCUCCGUGUCUCUCUGCUCGUAUUAGUCCAUGAAUUGAAUGCCAAAAAAAUUUGCCAUGUUCGUGUGCUUGGGUGGGUGGUUGUGGGUUGGCGAGCGAUCGGUUGCUGCCCUGCAUCUCCUGCAGAGCAGAAUUCCCAUAAAUGAUGAAUUUAAGAAGUCCUCGCUGAGAACGCUGAAAAAAAAAUUCAUAGUUUGGGAAUUGAA